UUUGAAGCAAUUCUAUCUCAAUGCAGACAAUGGAUGAAAGUUGACAGAACCUCCUCGAAAUGUCUUCAUUGGUGCGUCAACUUGCAGCCGUAAAUAUCGCGAAUUCGAUGCGUCCGCCACGAAAUUGCAGCAACCAUUCGUAUCUUGGAUGUGAGAGCUGACGCUGAAGGGGAACCGAGGUGCGAACCCACGAAAUUGACUACAAAUUCUAAAAAUCAUAAAUGCUGCUGCUGCUUGCGUGAUGGUGUUGGAAGAAGAAAUUAUUGCAGGCUGAGAAGGUACCAAGGGUUUUAGAACUGGAGCAGUGGGAGAAACGUUGUGGAAUGUUCUCGCAUGGGAGUAGCGAGAGUGUCGAUAACCUAAUUCUGUCAGAAUUGUAUUUUACUUGGUGGGUUUGAGGUGAGAGGAGUGAGUAAGCUAUGGCACCCGCUGAGGUGGAGAUGCUGGGGAGGGGUAGCGCGCUAGCGCAGCUAAUUGCUCUGCUGUGUGAUAUCGCCUCCACGUUCUGUUCUACGGUCGCUCGUUCGCUCCUUCUCGCCUUCCGGAUUCUUUCGCAGGGGACGACGGAAUCGCGGGGUAGUGAAGGUGGGUUUAAGGGAGCAGGGGGCGUGGAAUUCUACGAAGGCAAGGUCUGGCACGAACGCCGAAAGCCGGUGGUGCACCGUUUUGAGUACAAUGUGCGGUAUGCGUUUAUUGAUUUGGACGCGCCACCGCGUUGGUUCGUUGCGUCCCAUCAUAUGUCCGCUUCUGAAGCUCGGUCGAUCGCAGGAACCUCCGGACCUGUGUGGUUGUUGACAAUGCCGUUGAGUGUAGGAUACGAGCAAAAUCCUUUGAGUGUUUACUACUGUUACGAUGAGCAAGGUGGAGUUGCUCAAUGCAUCGCUGAGGUUACAAACACGCCUUGGGCAGAAAGGGUUACCUUUCUGUUUAACCCCGAAUCAGAUCUUGUGGCCAAGCCUCUGCACGUCAGUCCUUUCAUGGAUAUGAAGGCAGUAUGGCAGAUGCAGGCUCCCACUCCUGGGAAAGAGCUGUUGUUGUGCAUCGGGGUCCAGCACCCUGAACUUGGAAAUUACUUUCAAGCAAUUCUGAAAGCCAAAAGGGUUACACGAGCAGUGGACCCCGAGGCCUUUACAUGGAUCAUGCCGCAGAAAGUCGCGUUCUGGAUUUACUGGCAGGCACUGCAGCUCAUGUGGAAGGGCGUGUCGUUCAUCCCUCACCCGAAGUAUAUUGACGAGAAUGAUUACCGGGAGCGUGCACAAAAGCACCCUACCCAUGCCUGCCCUGCAUUUGUGAAGGUAGACAAUACAAGCAGCAGUUCCAGCUCUGGUUGCCCCGCAGCAGGGGAUGGUAGUGGGUGCCCAACAAGUCAGCGGUUUUGCACAUGGAGAGAAGCACCUGGCUAUCCCUGGAGAUGAUAUUUCCUUGAUCAUCUUCACCAAGUUAUAAGGCCAUGUACCAUAGAGGCUAACACUUUUGGUUAGAGUAGACCUCUUUAUGCAUAGGGCUAGGAGUUUGACUCCUACUAGCAUUAUUCAAGUAUGGCCCUCGAGUAUUAUGAACUGUAUUUUAAUCACCUUGUCUGGAACUCUUUUGAGGAGACUUCUUUUCCUUGGGCUACCAACUUCUACGGAAAUUGCAUCCAAAGACUUUUACCUUAGGCCCCCAUCUUAUAUACACGCAUUAAAUCUUUUUGGAA